GCCUGAUGGCUACCCAGGGCCGCGCCAAAAGGCCGCCCUCUUCGGCGUCACCAACAAGGACAAGGAGUGCAAGGACGAGUAUGAGUGCGACUUCUCCAUCAUGGACAUCAUGCUGUACAUCUCCAAGUUCAUCAGCAUCGAGUCGCCGUACUGACGCUGACACGGCGGCGGCCGGCGCCCGGCGGAGGGAAGAGGGCCCGGUCGCGCCUCGGUCCCGCACCGACUCACGGGGCGCCGAGCCCCUGCGGCAGCGCGGCGGCCGAGCGCCGCGUGCCGAGCUGUGCUCCGGCAUCAUGGGCAUAAUCGCCGAAGUGGAGCGGUGGGCAAUGGGCAUCUGAUCUGUCGACGUCACAGUUCAAGUGCGCGUCGCUGGAUUGCGAUGACCACGGAUUCAGGCACCGGGUGUCCCCUUACUUAGUUGCUCAGCGUCGCACUAACGUUGUGUGCGCGUGUGUUUGUUAAGGACUGACAGUGACGCCGAGACCGUGGUGGCGCGUGAGAUUGUGGAGAUGUGGUGCGCUGGGCACGUUGGCCGGGCUCGUGUAAUGAUCCGUGUGUGUCGGGCGCAUACGGCUCCGCCUGUCUGUGUGGCGCCGUGCUCGUGGCGGGCCGGAGCGGCUCGUGACGGACUCUCAUGACUGGCGUCCCGUCCGCGUAGGCCCCACCCGGAUGGGCCCGUCCCCAUAGGGCCCAUCCUGGUGGGCCCGUCCGCAUAGGGCCCAUCCGCACAGGCCCCGCCCGCAGGGUGCAGUGCAGACGGCGGUGCGAUAAGUGGCGACUAGGCGCGUCAGGAACUUACAAUCUUUUAAAAUUCUUACUUUGUAGAAAAUUUGAGCUUCGUAGUCGGACCCCGUUCUAUUUUCUACCUGGAUGGCUGAACACUCAAAUCCAGCAGAAAACGUCUUUCAUCCCCUGGCCCGACUGACUUAACCCAAGACAACUGAAGGCUUUGGUCGUAUUUUUCCCUUUUCCGUAACGCUUUAGAGCACUCGCCGCAUUUAGGACAUUUUCACUUGGGAAGUCAGGCAUCCCAGUUGAUAUCAGCUGGCCCUUUUUAAAAUCCUGUGGUGCAGCCAACCUGGAGCACUGGAAGCAUGGCUGACACGUGCCUUGCACUGCCACCCUUAUUCAUCAGCAUUUGGUCUUUAAGGAGUGAUACAGUAGAAUAAUCACGUUUGUUGUGGUUCUUUUACUGACAUCCCUGCGAAUAAGCAUUGGGAGCGUAUAAUAGUGCUUUACUUGGCACACGCAAGCCUCAAAGCAUCUGCGUUUCAAAAUGUCGCUCUUCGCCACAUAAAAGCGCCACAUAGUGCCGCUUUUCUGCCACAGCCGCGUUUGCCUAGAUGACUCCUGAACCGGGUUAGGUUUAUUCAGCGCAGUACAUUAGUAUAUUUCGUACGUCAGAAUCCGUCUCCCCGCAGCUUAACAUAUUCCCUUCGCAAUUGGCAUGAGCCGCCGCCAUUGUCCCCAGGCAUCGUAUUCAGUUGUUCGUGCAAAGUGCAAUGCAAUUGGUAUUAACGGCAGUGGCAUUGUUUUACGCAGGAGUGCGGCGUUUGUAUUGUGUACAAACACAAAUUCGUGCCUGAAUCCGUGCUUUGUGACGCCAAUGCCGAUCGGGCCUGGCUGUGCUCCGAUUGGUUGGCGGGGCCUGCGCCGGUGCGUCCAGCCACCGAGCAGCUGCCGCCGCCUGGCAGCGACCGAUGGCGGCUGGACGGUGCCCGUGGCGGCGACCGAUGGCGGCUGGACGGCGUCCGUGGCAGUACGCGUGUGCCCUGCCGUCGGGCGGUCCCUCCGAGCCGUCCUCGCGCUAUGGGCUCAAACGCAAGCCAAGCUACGAUCAGCUGAGGUCACGACGGCCAGUCGUUGUUACGUGUCGGCGGCAUUACUGAUGUAAUCUAGCUUUGACUUGCCCUGUUAGUGGGCCUGCGUUUGUUACUUGUUACGUCUGGCAGGAAGCCCACUGCGAAUGCAUGAGCGGGCGCUAUUUAUUAUACUGUUUUGGAAGUACUUGUGGUGUUGUGCGCAUGCGACGUGUAUGCAGUGUACAAUUUCUACGCGUAAAAUCGCAUGAUCGAAACCAUAAAUAUACGAGAUGGAGUCUAA